GCAAUAAAAUUGCAGGCAUACGCUCAUAAAAUUCUGACAGGAAGAAGGUCGAGGAUGCACACGAUAAGAAAAACUUCAGGGCUUGCAGGUUUUCCUAAAAGGGAUGAGAGCGUUUAUGAUGCUUUUGGUGCUGGACAUAGUUCUACAAGCAUAUCUGCCGGACUUGGCAUGGCAGUGGCAAGAGAUCUUCUAGGGAAGAAGAACAAUGUCGUUUCAGUGAUUGGCGAUGGAGCCAUAACUGCAGGACUUGCAUUUGAGGCCAUGAAUAAUGCAGGAUUUCUUGAUGCUAACCUAAUUGUCAUAUUGAACGAUAAUAAACAAGUAUCUCUGCCAACUGCAACUCUAGAUGGUCCUGCGACCCCUGUUGGAGCUCUCAGCAGGGCUUUAACCAAGAUUCAAGCAAGCACCAACUUCCGCAAACUUCGUGAAAAAGCAAAAGGCCUCGCUAAACAACUUGGCGUACAAGCACAUGAACUUGCAGCAAAGGUAGAUGAGCAUGCAAGAGGAAUGAUCAGUGCUUCUGGCUUCACCCUCUUUGAGGAGCUAGGGCUAUAUUACAUUGGUCCAGUUAAUGGACACAAUAUUGAAGAUCUAGUAUUGAUCUUUGAAAAGGUGAAAGCCAUGCCUGCCCCAGGGCCAGUCCUAAUCCAUAUCGUGACAGAGAAAGGAAAAGGCUAUCCCCCAGCUGAGGCAUCGGCUGACAAAAUGCAUGGUGUAGUAAAGUUUGACACAAAAACAGGCAGGCAAUUUAAGCCUACGUCCUCUACACUGUCAUAUACACAGUACUUCGCUGAAUCGCUCAUAAAAGAAGCUGAGGAUGAUGACAAGAUUGUAGCCAUCCACGCAGCUAUGGGUGGGGGAACAGGUCUGAAUUUCUUCCAAAAAAGGUUCCCAGACCGCUGCUUUGAUGUAGGGAUUGCCGAGCAACAUGCAGUUACUUUUGCAGCUGGCUUAGCCACUGAGGGUCUCAAGCCAUUCUGUGCCAUCUACUCAUCAUUCUUGCAAAGAGGGUAUGAUCAGGUGGUGCACGAUGUGGAUCUUCAAAAAUUACCUGUCCGCUUUGCAAUGGAUCGAGCUGGAUUGGUUGGUGCAGAUGGACCAACCCACUGUGGUGCAUUUGAUAUCACAUACAUGGCUUGCUUGCCCAACAUGGUGGUAAUGGCCCCAUCUGAUGAGGCUGAGCUUAUGCAUAUGGUUGCAACAGCAGCAGCCAUUGAUGACAGACCCAGCUGCUUCAGGUUCCCC